GCUCGAGCUUUUUUGGCUGGGCCCCUCGCGCGGUGGUCGCGCGGGAGGCGCCCCCCUCGCGGGGGCCCGCGGCUGGCGGGGGGGGGCAUAUUUUUCCAUUAUUUUCCGAUGCUGGUCUUCUCCAGAUGGCCCCUCUGGUUGCUGCUCUCUUGCGCGGCGGGCGCCGCGGCCCCCGUCGCCAGCGCCGAUGGCGGCGCCCUGUUGUCCGCGCUGGACGCCGUGCUGGUGGAGGAUGAGGCUGUGAAGCUCCUGGCGCCGCACAUGGACGCGCUGAAGGGCCUCGACCCGCUGGUCGUCGAGAAGGUCGUCAUGCGGCAGUGGUGGGGCCUGGCGCGCGACAUCGUGGCCAGGUCCCACUCGCAGCAGGUGGACCUGUCCUUCUCCGUCCGCAGGGCGGUGAAGACGCUGAAGGAGGAGGCCGACGAGCUGCUUCGGACGCUGAACCCGAAGUACGGUCAGGCGCAGCAGGUGGCCCCCGCUUUCCAGUGGGCGCAGAACGACACCAGCAUCUUCCUCACGAUCAAGUACACCGUGCGGUGGAACGCGCCUGGGGCCUUGGAGGCUACCGACAUCAACGUGUUGAUGGAGGGCAACUUCUUCAACUUCAGCGGCCUCGGGAAGCACUCCAACAACAAGUACAAGUACGUGCUCGGCCUUUCGCUGUUCGACGCGAUCAUGCCGCAG